GAAGUGCACGAUGAGCAGUUGAAACCCUAAUGAACCCAAGCCACUGUUGUCUCCUCUCUAAACCACCGCCGCUAGCAGUCCGACCACACCGUCCAUUCCCUCCCACAGCCAGAAUUCAACCCAUUCUCAACCCUAAUUCUUCAGUUCUUCCUCAAAUUGAAUCUGUUUCCGAUUCAUUUGAUUUUCAAAUUUCUCAACAACGAGAUACAGGUAUGGAUAACAACAAUCCUUCCCCAAAGAGUGAUAAAUCACUCAAGAGAAAACGGAAGUCGAGCAAGAAGAAGAAGAAGGAAGCAACCGCUCAAGAGAAUAAUGUUUUGAACUGUAACGUGGUUUGUGAGCUUGAAAAGUCUGCCGCAAAAGACAGGCCAAAGGAUUUGCCAAUUCCUUCCAUUGGAAAAUCUGUUGGAUGUUCGAAGAAGAAGCUUCUUAUUCUUGACCUUAAUGGGAUUCUUGCUGACGUAGUUGCACACCCUUUCCCAAAGAAAAUAAAAAGAGAUGCAAUGAUAGGAAAGAAAGCAUUAUUCAAGAGGCCUUUUUGUGCUUCGUUUCUGAACUUUUGCUUCGAGAAAUUUGAUGUGGCUGUGUGGUCUUCAAGAAUGGAGAAAAAUGUCAACAGUAUUGUUAAUCAUUUGAUGGGAAACAAGAGGCAGAGGUUGAUUUUCUGUUGGUACAUUUCACAAUGUACUAAUACAAAUAUCAAAACUCUUGGCGACAAGCGCAAGCCAAUUGUUUUCAAGGAUCUGAGUAGAGUUUGGGAUAAGUAUGAUCCUAAUCUUCCUUGGGAGAAGGGAUACUACAAUGAAUCAAAUACGUUGCUUUUAGAUGACUCUCCCUACAAGGGUUUACUCAAUCCUCCAUACAAUUCAAUAUAUCCGCCAUCAUUCAGUUGUCGACAACUUAACGACAAGUCACUAGCUGUUGGAGGUGAUCUACGAAAGUAUCUGGAGCGAUUAGCAGAGGCUGAAAAUGUGCCGAAGUUCGUAGAGCAGAAUCCAUUUGGUCAAAAACAAAUCAGCGAGACAAGCGAAUCAUGGAGCUUCUACUGCGAUGUACUUCAGUCGCUUAAACCUAAAAAGUGAGAAUCACGUGCCCUCUCAACUGGAAUAUCAAUUUUGAAGAAUUUGAGACAGCUCUUUGAUUAGCUCUAACUCUAAUCAAUAAUACAUAACUGUGUAUUUUUGCAUGAUUGCAUUUAAGGGCACUCUGUUCUAGUUUAUUACUGUUGUAUUUUAAUUUAUGAUUACCCCCUUUUGGAUAAAUUUCUAGAGUUGAAGUAUUUAAAAAAUUCUUGUUAGUUAGAAUUUUGUUGAAAAAUGCAGACAUGAAUUUGCUAGA